GCCAUGUAGAUCUUUUCCGGGUCCCGGAUGCGGAUGGGCAACAAGACACGUUCGUAUCACGUAUGCCACCUCAAGCCCCAAACCUCGGUCCUCCUUCGGGUGUCGCCGGGGUCAAUGUCCGCUCGACGUUCACCCCGGGACAAACCGAAGACGCCGUGCCGUCUUCCAACUCUCCCUCGCUGCGGGGCGGUGCCCAGAUUGUCAACUCUACCCAUGCUCUGCUCGACGACGACGUGAUCGCAUGGUUCGGGUCUUUCCCCAUCCGUGAAAGCUCCAGAUGCACCGACAUGCUCUCCGGCGCGACCUUCACGCAAGCGGAGAGCGGGGAGCACCACGGCAGGCCGGCGACCAUGUUCAUCUUCUUCGACCUGGCCGUCCAGAGCGAGGGUACCUUCGUCCUCCGAUACCGCGUCGCCGAAAUGGACGUUCACCCCUCGCAGCCGCUUCUCUUCAGCACCGUCGCCGAGUGCUACGGCGAGCCCUUCAAGAUUUCCUCUGCUGGGGAACACUCCGGCCGACGUGCUUCCGAGUCUAACCCAGUUGCGCAGCACCUCGCCCUGCACGGCAUCAGCGUCAAGACGCUUCAGGACGAGCCUCACGGAUACGAAAGGGUGUCCACGCCUAAGGGGCCGCUACACUCGAGCGGGGCACCGUCUGCUACAGCGCACAUCUCCGCGCGGCUGUGAAUGAUGUCGGGCGGGUUCGAGUUCACACACCGGGGGUCCGUAUCGGCCCUCGACGCCAGUAGCAUCCGGGGCACCAGUUCAAUGUUUGGCGUUUUUCACGUAUGUUGGCGGAAGUGAUACAAUGAGGUUUCAU